CAGGUUAAGUUACUUUUAAAAAUAGAAAGUUACUAGGAAAAUGGUGGUCAGCUAUUAUCUAAAGUUAUAAACAACUAGAUACUUCGACCAACAAGGUUUCGGGGAAGUGAUAAUUGAAAUUUUAUUGAUAUACAAAACUAUUUAUGUACAUUAGUUGAAGAUAAUUAAAAUAGAAUAUUUAAAAUAAUAACCCGGCUUUUUCCUCGUGUUUGGCAUUGUCAAAAUCGUAAAAAAUGGCGGAUCCUGCUGCUUAUAAAAAUCGUCUACAAAAUUUUAAGAACAAAGGAAAAGAUCAAGAUGAGAUGCGAAGAAGAAGGACUGAGGUUACAGUGGAACUUAGGAAGAAUAAACGUGAAGAAACUUUACAAAAAAGACGUAAUGUACCGGUCGCUGAUUCAACAGAUGAAGAUGACAUUGAAAAAUCUUUAUCAAACACCAAUUUAGAACAGCUAGUUGAACAAGCAGCCACAGAUGAUAAUCCGUCAGUACAAUUGAUGGCAGUACAGUCCGCUAGAAAACUGCUCUCUUCAGAUAGAAAUCCGCCUAUAGAUGCUCUAAUUGAUAGCGGAAUUUUACCGAUUCUUGUUAAAUGUUUAGAAAGACAAGAUAGUCCAUCGUUACAAUUUGAGGCAGCUUGGGCUCUAACCAAUAUUGCAUCCGGUACAUCAGUACAAACAAAUAAGGUCGUAGCAGCUGGAGCGGUACCAUUAUUCCUCAUGCUUCUCCAUUCGCCUCACCAAAACGUGUGCGAACAAGCCGUUUGGGCGUUAGGUAACAUAAUAGGCGAUGGUCCUAUUCUCAGAGAUUACGUUAUAGAAUUGGGCGUAGUGGAUCCGUUAUUGUCAUUUAUUAAACCCGAAAUACCUAUUUCGUUUUUGAGGAACGUCACGUGGGUUAUUGUGAAUUUGUGCAGAAAUAAGGACCCACCGCCGCCUAUAAGGACGAUAGAAGAACUUUUGCCAGCUUUGAAUGCUUUAAUUCAUCAUACUGACGUCAACAUUUUGGUCGACACGGUUUGGGCUCUAAGUUAUUUAACAGACGGCGGUAAUAGUCAAAUUCAAAUGGUAAUAGAUAGCGGCGUAGUACCGAAACUGAUCCCGUUACUUAGCCAUAAAGAAGUAAAAGUACAGACUGCGGCACUUCGAGCUGUCGGUAACAUAGUAACCGGUACAGAUGAACAAACUCAAAUAGUACUGAAUUGCGAUGCUCUCAGCCAUUUCCCAUCGUUAUUGGUGCACCCCAAAGAGAAAAUAUGCAAAGAAGCCGUUUGGUUCUUAUCGAACAUCACCGCCGGUAAUAGAUCCCAAGUUCAAGCGGUCAUCGACGCCGGUCUUUUACCUAAAAUUAUACUCAAUCUCAGAAAGGGCGAUUUCCAAACGCAAAAGGAAGCUGCUUGGGCCAUUAGCAAUUUGACAAUAGGCGGUGAUAAACAGCAAGUCGCCAGGUUGAUACAGGAAGGGGUCAUACCCCCAUUCUGCGAUCUCCUCAAUUGCAAAGACGCCAUGGUUAUACAGAUCGUCCUCGAUGGUAUUAACAACAUGUUGAAACUGGCAGGUCCGCAAGCCGAUCAAUUGUGUACGAUGAUCGAGGAAUGUAAUGGUUUAGAUAAAAUCGAAAAUCUACAAAAUCACGACAACAUCGAUAUAUACAAAUUGGCUUACGAAAUUAUAGAACAAUAUUUUGGCGGAGAGGAAGUCGAAGAUUCUAAUAUAGCGCCGACAAGCGGUGAAAGCGGUUUCACUUUCGAUCCCAAUACGAACGUUCCGAACGAGGGAUUCAAAUUUUGAUCGUUCAAUUACUAAAAUUAACAAACAAAAUCUAUUAAAACAAAAAAAAAUAAAUAAAAAUCUGUUCAUCAUUAGCCACACACUGGGAAAAGUAACCGAAAGAACGGAUGGGAGAGAAUGAAAGUGGGAGAGAAAGAGAGAGAAAGUGAUAGGGCGUCGCUUCCUCACUUUAUAAUUAAACGCUACGUUUAUACAUAUAUUUAAAUAUGUACGUUCAUUUUAAUUUAAACCUGUAUAUAUUUAUAUAUAUUAUAUAUUUUUAUAUAUACCACGAUUUGGGCUUUAAAGUAUACCGGAAUUUUUUAUUUUAUUUUUUAGGAGACAUUUUCACACAAAUUCAAACAUUUCAGUUUUUUAUAUUGAUAAUUUUCCGAAAUUUUGAAAUAGUACGAUAAUCAUUGAUAAUUUUCGCGGAAUACUGUAUUAAUCGCAACGUUUUAUAAAUUAAUAUUUUAUCUAUAUUAAAAGAAAUAGUUUGAACCGUUUGGUUAUGGUUAAUUGGUUAUUAAGACCCUUUGAAACCUUAUCAAUCAAAUCUGUACAAUUCCUGAAUUAUUAAGUUAUUAUAAUAUCUGGACUAUUAUGACUCUUUUAGGAACAUUGCUAAGUCAUAUCUGUACAAGGUCUGAACUAUUAUGAUCUUUUGUUAAUAUUCCAAGUAAUAUAUUUACAUGUUCUGGACUAUUAUGAUUUUUGUGAACAUUCUGUACAAUAUCUGGACUCUAAUGACCCUUUUAGGAACAUUCUAAGACAUAUUUGUACAAUUUCUGAACCGUCAAGUCUUUUUGUCAAGGUUCUAGGACAUAUAUAUAUACAAGUUCUGGACUGUUAUGGCCAUUUGUUAAUUUUCAAAGUCAUAUCUGUACAUGUUUUGGACUAUUAUGACUAUUUGAGAACUUUCCGUAAAAGUUCCGAACUAUUAUGACCUUUUCUUAACUUUCUAGACCAUAUCUGUACAAUGUCUGAAUUAUUAUGACUUUUUGGGAACGUUCUGCACAAGUUCUGACAUCAAAGUCAUUUAACAUCAAAAUUUUACAUAUUAUGGAACACCAGUCUAUUUUGAUAACUUUCUAGCUCAAAAUAGACAUUCCUGGAACUUCAUCAAAAUUUCAAAUAUAUUCUAAAUCAUUUUUGGAACAUUUACGACAAUUCACAUGAAAAUUUUACAUUUUUUGGAACAUUAUGACAUUUCAAAACCCCACUAGUUUAAAAUUGUACAUUUUUUCGGAACAUUAUGACAUUUUAGACAGGUUCUAAAUAUUUUUGGAACAUUAUGAUAUUUCAGAACCUUCCUAGUUCAAAAUUGUACAUUUUUUUGGAACACUAUGACACUUUAGACAAGUUCUGGAACAUUUUGCAACAAAUUUUCACAUUUUUUGAACAUUAUGGCAUUUCAGAACCUUCCUAGUUCAAAAUUGGCACAUUAUAUGGAACACUAGUCUGUUUUGGGAGAUUUCUAGUUCAAAUUAGGACAUUUCUGGAACAUUUAGAACAAUUCCCAUCAAAAUUUCACAAUUUUUGGAACAUUUUUUGAUUCUAUGGAACUAAAAUAGUAAAUUUUCUACGCAUAAACGAAUUAUUCAAGUUUUUGAAAAUUAUAAUUUUUUGGAAAUAUUCUAAAUCAAAUUUUUACAUUAUUAUGAACUUUUUGGAGGGAAACUGCAUAGUUUUUAUACAAUUGUGACAUUUUGGAAACAUUCUGAGAAAAUAAAAGAUUCCAAAAAAAAGUCGAAUCUUAAUUUGAAUAUUUUGGUAAUUGUGUGAAUAGAAUUUUUAAACGUACAAAAAGCACCUCAACUAUAAAUCAAAGUCAAAAAUAUACGAAAUGAAAAAUUUUUUAAAAUGAUCGUACAUAAUAAUAAAAAAAAGAUCUGAGCAUGAUUCGCGACCCUAAUUAUUUAGUAUUUUUUUUUAAUAAAAAAUAUUGUGAGAACUAUUUACGGAUUAUUUAUACAGAAAACGUGAAAAUUGAAAACGGUAAAAAAUAACGGAAAAUCCUCACUUCCGAUUAAAUGUUGUGAUGCGAUAAAAGUCAUGCGCAGAUUUUGUGACAAUUUACCUUGUAAUUUAUAUGAAUCAUGAUAUUAAUUUUUUUUUCAAUGUUCCAGACUGUUUUAUAAACCGAUGCCAAAACGACUUCAUACUUCAAAAAUAUUAUCCUUCGAUACAAUUAUAAAUAUACAAUAAUUGAAGGAAGUUUCAGAUCUGGCGAGUAUGGUGGUUGUACGAUGUGUGUAGACACUAUAUGGGGACUGUAUAAGGGCGAGAAUCGUCGAUAAUUGAUUAAACUGAUCGUUCUUUGAGGUAGUUUUCUAUUGUGAUCGAUAGGUCAUCUGGAUAGGUAAUUAUCCCCACGAUUUUAACGGGUGGAGUUUGUUUGUUCUCAUCUAUCCGUGAAGUAGUCUUCCGCCAUUUAGAUGAAAUAUUCAUUUCUACCAACUUUUUUGGGCACUCAAACUCCUUUGAUGAUAAUUGCGGAGCCUUUUGGAACCAAUUUGGUUUUGGAAUAGUCUUCUACCAAAUUUUCUAAACACUGGAAGUCCUUUGGGGAGCCUUUCGGAACCCAUUUCUCCUUCAAGUAGUCUUCUAACAUUUCUACAAAAUCUUUUGGGCACUCAAACUUCUUUGACGAUCCUUGUGGAGCCUUUUGGAACCAAUUUGGUUUUGGAAUAGUCUUCUACCAAAUUUUCUAAGCAUUGUAAGUCCUUUGGGGAUCCUUUUGGAACCCAUUUCUCCUUCGAACAGGUCUUCUAACAUAUCCACUAAAUUUUUUAGGCACUCAAACUCCUUUGAUGAUUCUUCUUGUGGAGCCUUUUGGAACCAAUUUGGUUGUGGAAUAGUCUUCUACCAAAGCACUGGAAUUCCUUUGGGGAUUCUUGGUGGAGCCUUUCGGAACACCUUUCUCCUUCAAAUAGUCUUUUAACAGUACUACCAAAUUUUUUUGAGCCCACAAACUCCUUUGAUGAUCCUUGUAGAGCCUUUUAUUUAUAACGAAGUUCGUUUCAGUCGAAAAUAUCUCGAUUUCUACUUUAUAGUAACAGCCAUUUUGUUUUACUAUUUAUGCCACGUAUGACGUGAUUGAGAUAAAAUAUGACAUAUGGCGUGUUUAAAUUGACAUACAACGCGGUUGCGGUGACAUUACAUGAUUAAAUCGACAUAUGACAUAAUUUAGUUGACAUAUGACGUGGUUGCAAUGACAUAUGACGUUGUCGAUACGAAUUUUGUAUUACUGACGAUUCGCAUUGGUUUAUAAUAGAGUCUGUAUAAUUCGUGGUUUUUGUUGUAAGGUGAAAUUAUUUAGGAGAAGGCUGUUGAUCCAAUGAGCUUGCAUACUAUUUGGUUUUUUUGUUCAUUAAUAACAAUUUCGAGUUACCAAUAAGACUUCAAAGAAAAGAUGUGUAUCGUAAUAAUAUAGAUUUUUUUUGUAAUUUACAUGAAAUCUUCGUAGCGAAUAAGUAUCCAAGCGCAUUGUUGUUGUUUUUUAAUCAUUUAUAAAUAAUUUAUGAAAUUGGGACUGAUAUGAUAUAUUGCUUUUUGAAAUUUAUCAAUUUUUUUGUUGUUCAGUAUUUGACGUUUGUAUUAUAAUUGAAAAAAUUAUUUUUGUUUUUUUCGAAAAAAUCCAAAAUCGGUCGAGGUUAUUUCCAACUUCAUAAGUAUUGAAAUUCAAGUGAUGUCGCGAUCCUUUUCCUAAUAUUUGAUUGAAUAGGAAAAAUACUUUCAGUUGUAAAUAUAUUAUAGAAUAAACAUCAAAUAAUUUAA